AUGUAUGAUCAUAAAACGUUUAAAGAUUUGCUACAAUUCUAUGAUAACCUGGAAAAGGAAGAAGUGUUGGUUUUAUUUUUCCACAGCACCUUGUUAGAUAAUAAUUAUAUAUAUGAAUUGAAGAGUGAGAAGAAAAUCGUUUUUUCCGAAAAUGAAAAUAUCGAAAUAAAUGAUUCAUAUGUAAAAUAUAAAAUAGAUAAAAGGAAUAAGGAUUUACUAAUAACAAGAAUAUUAAUACAUCCAGAAUGGAGAAAUAAUAAUCAUAAUUAUAAUUUUACUUAUAAACAAAUCCAUACAUCUGAUACUUAUAAUUUAAAUAUAUUAAAAAUAGGAAACUCGUUAGUUUUACAGCUAAUAGAUAUAGAAGAUCCAUCAUCUAUUCAUUCAUGUACAAUUAAUAUUCAGGAAUAUAUAAAUAAAAAUAUAACAGACAAAUAUAUUAAUGUAAAUAAUUAUAAUGAAUAUAUUUAUGUAGACAAAUUAGAAAAAAUUUUCCAAACCAAUAUCUUAAAUUAUAUGAACAGCAAAAAUAAAAACAAAGAAAAAAUUCAUAUAAAUAAAAAUAAUACAAAUGAUAUAUAUAACAACAAAUGUAAUACAUACCAAACACAAAAUAUUACAAUGAAACCACAUCCUCAAAAUUGUGAUAAAAAUUAUUUAUUACAUAAUUUUAAUGAUACUUAUUUUGAUGAUAAAAAUCCACCCCUUUUAACAAAUCACAUUUUACCAAAUCUUAAUCAACCUCAUCCAGUUUUAAAACCUGACGGUCUUUUAGUUGGACCAAAUAAUAAAUUUUUUAAUCCUGGAAAAUUAAGAUAUGACCCUAUGGGCCCUUUUGGUAACGAGCCAAAUUCUGACAAUAGACCGUUUGAAUAUCAAAAUAAUUUCCCCUUUUAA